AUGAAUAAUCCGGAGAUAACUGAAAGUGAACAGAGUUCGCUCAGUCCAGAUGUGCGUAUCAUAGAGCACCUUUGUCAGAACGUAGUCAACGCUUCCAUUAACAAGGAGAUUCUUCUCAAUUGGCAGGUGGAGUUGGCAGACACCAUCGAGGACUAUGCCUCUUUUGCCUCUCUUAUAGCGCACAAUGUCAUCUUAUCUGUUGACGACAUCAAUGACAUCGAUUCCUACAGUAGAUUGCCAAAUGUGGAGAAGCUUCUUACAUUAUUACACUCGUUAGAUAGCGAAUUGUAUCGAGAUUUCAAGAUCAUCAUUCUCGAGAUCAUCAUCUAUUACUUGUCGUUAUCAUAUAAUCUCAGAGUUAGAUUGAUGAUGUUGAAGUUCCACCAGUUCCUCAUUCUGCAAUUCUUUGAUAUACUUGAAGAUGAAGUGUCUGUAGAAGAACCUCUGGAACUGCAGCACGACGGCGCGAUGCUUUCAGUGCUAAGCCAGUAUAUCAGACUAUUGACGUUAUUCUUUGAACUUGGAAGUGAUUCCGUCAGUUUAAAGCAGUUGAUCUCACCACUAUACAACUCUUCUACAAAACCUACUACCAAAUUGCAUAUUCUAGAUCUCUUACAACAAGUCUUUUCCAAGUACUCAUCUCAUUUCAACUUUGUAAUAUUCAACAAGGCUACGAGCUUCCCCUUCAUCAACGAGGAUCUCAAGAAAAAUCUCACAAUACAGUCAUGGUUCAAGAUCAACCCGCGAGAGUUCGAUUCCGAUGAACCGCUUACCUUAUUCGUGUUAACCAAUUCUAGUGCACACUCCGAAGAUAAUGCAGCUACCACAUUAAAUAUUAGAUUGAUAAAUUACAGUCAAUUCUUAAUCGAGAUAAAGAAUAAUCAUAAUGACUCGAGAAUGCAAUUCACCUUCAACCAAAUCUUAAAUAAGAAUGUGAUAAACCAGGGAUAUACUCAUUUCGCAUUAACUUACGACAAUUAUGCAAAUUUGAACUUGUAUAUUGAUGGAGAGUACAGUGAGUCGAUUCCAUGUCCAGAGAUCUACAAAAUACUAUCUAGUUGGAAUAAGGUGUAUGUUGGAAGCGAGCAAAACGACGUUCUUGGUAUUUCCUCUGAUGAAAUAAUAAUUAAGAAUUUGACUAUUCUCAAUGUAAGUUUGUCGCAUGAAUGGUUGAACUUGCUCUACAAUCUUGGCUUGGGAUAUGAUUGGGAUUUCAAAGAACUCACAAAUGAAAAUCUUUUCAACCUAUUGAAUCAUCUCAGCUUUCGUAAUUUGACAAAUGUCAAGAUAAAGUUCAAAGAACUCAAUAGAAGAAGGAAUGAGUCCAACAAGAGUACACACCAACUAUUUGGAGAACAUAAUGGCAAAACCCGGAAUCUAUCAAAUAACAGCAGUUCAAGUAUUCUGCCUGAAAGAAACUCAUUAGCUGAAAAAAGCGCUAUUGUCAAAUCUUUAGCGAAGUUGAAGCAGGAGAACAUUCUUUUUGAUACAAAUGAUUUCUUUCAGACGUUGAAACAGCGGCAGAAAGUACAUUCAAAGGAUAACUUACCAAUACUAUUGGGGCCAGCGUCUUUUAUCUAUCACGAUUCACACUCAAUUCACGGUGGAUUAUACAGUAUAGGAGGAAUAUCAUUGUUAGUUAAUCUUAUUGAAACGUCACUCGAAGUUCCUGAUUCAACUACUAGAGAUACCUUACUUUACAAGAGCUUGUUCCUACUUUUUACGAUCUUGGAGAAUAACUGGAGACUAUGCAAGGAAUUUGAAAAUAUUAAUGGAUACGAAUUACUCUCUAUUAUAUUGAAGAAUUACAAGGAAAAAUUCAAUCCGACUUUGACAUUUUCAUUGUUGCCUGAGUUUGCUGAUAAAAAUGCAAUUGAAAAUUCUACUGGCUGCCAUGGAGCAAACCUCCUAAACUUAAUUCUCACUUAUUCGGGUUUCGAUUUCAUUAAUAAUCACGAUUCAGUCAUUGUGAAUCGACUCGCUUAUAGAUUCCUAGUUCUUGAUUUUGAUUUAUUCUAUGGGAGUGAUUCUUUUGAAUAUUUGCUCUAUCAGUUUCAGAUAUUGAUACACAGUUCAAAAUUCAAUGAAUUUAACGUCUCUGAAUUAACAAAAAUGAAACUUUUGAAGAAGCUACUUCAAUUCUUGAAACAACCGGUAUUGUUAAGGAAUCCACUUAAGGAUUCUAUGAAAGAGCAACUUGCGUUGACAAUUAUCAGCAUUAUUCGGUCUGAUCCCUCAGUUGAAACAAUCAGAUCAAUUUCGUUGUACAUCAUAUAUGCUUUGUAUAACGACGAUUGUUCUAGCGAAUGCGGUGCAAUUGUAUUGUCUUCUUUGACAGACUUUCUUUGUGAGGGCGGCUCGUCAAUAAAGACGUUGAAGAAGUUCUCGAGAUCGAUAACUAUCCAUUGGAUCUUGCUUUUAUUCAGAUUGGAGAAAUCAAAAGAUGUGGCAUUAAGUGGGCUUCGCUUAUUGACGAGAUUGCUAAAGACUUUGGGUUCACAUAUUAUCAAGAGGUUCUUCUUAGUUAACCGUGGUCUAGAUAUCUUGACGUACUUCCUCAAGCAGUGGUGGGAUGAUGACGACAUAUUAUCAACUCUUUUCUUGGCCAGCUUUGGAGUAGAUAGAGACGAAGGAAUUAAUACUAAGUCGAGUGGCAAGUCAAACAAAGAUCUUCUUUCGGUCGUUGAAACCAAUUUGCCAAUCCUUAGUCAAUUGGUCAUCCCAGACUUCUUAUUGCUAUUAAACAAUCUUGCAUUAAAUUCAAUGUAUUCGUUGAGCAUGCAAUCAGAGAUGAUGUUGGGGAGCAAUCCAUCUUCUCCUCGAAAAGUUGGCGACGACGAGAAGCUAACGUUAUGCCUCAAUGUUUUGCAUUUGACAAAUGAGUAUGCGGAUGCAAUCAGCAUAGGUUACGAAAGGAAUAAAUCUUUGAGAGCAAUGUGUUUGUCAAAGGAAUUUAUCGAGGGAAUAUCUGAAUUAUUGGGUUAUUUCCAUUUAUCUUUGGGAUGGGCAAGUAUCGAAGUUAGAGGUGGAUUCAAAUCUGCAUUUGAAAAGUUGACAACAGUUAUUGCGCAGUUCUUCAUUUCAAAUUUAGGUGAAAGCACCUUAAUCGGAAUUCUUGAGGGACUUAGUGAUUUUACAAAGAAAAUGAUAUUUGAAAUAGUAUUUCCUAAGAUAUUUGAACAUAUUAAUCAAUUUGUGAACGUUUCAAACUUUAUAUUCAACGAAAGGCAAUUUGUUGAUUCUGCCAUAUACUUGCUUAAUUACUACAACCAAGAGUUUGUGAAGCAAAACUACUACAUUAGGUUCCAAGAUAUUGACACUUACAUUACUAGUAUGGCAUCAAUAGUCGAAGUAGGUAACGACCACGCUCAUAUCAAGAAGAUCAAAAAGCAGCUAGGGGAAACAAUCGUACUUAAAUUUUGCACAUUGGCUAGUGAGGAGAUACAAUAUGAUGACAGUGAAGUCACCAGGUAUAUCGAUACCGUCAAAACCCUCCUAUAUCGUCAGAUUACGAUCUUGAACCCUGACAUAUUGGACGAUCGAAAGUUGGGAGAGAUAGUCACACUCAUGCUUGGUUUGUUAUUGAAGUUCAAGCCAGAAGAACAGGCACAGGGCCUUGAAUAUACCUUCAGCUUUCUUAGAACAACAUAUCUCAUGAACCAAGACCAAUUUUCUAAGGUUAUCGCUAAUAUUGAUGCUGAUGCAAAACUUCUAGCUGAAUUUUUCACAAAUUUGGUGACGAGGAAUGACGAGGAGACAUUUACAAAAUUGCAGAAGUACCCACCAUUUAUAAGGAGUCUUAUGAAGAACUUUCAAAGCCUCAUUGUUUCUCACAAUAGAAUAGAUCUUCUAAAGACAAUCGACAUGAUCAAGGUCACGCUCCAUAAUGGAGGAAAACUUGGACAAAUGAAUAGCAUUUACAUCAAGAGUUUCGAAAAGGAUUGUGAACUGUUAAAGGCCCUGAUAAUCAAUGGAGAAUUAAUCAAAUUCAAUCGCUCUAUUCAAGACCAUCAAGAGAAUGUCCAAUUUUUUGUUUCGAACUAUCACCUAUUGAAGCUUGACAUAUCUAGAUUGAUCCAAGACGUGGAUGGAAAGGACAACUAUAUCUUAGACUACAUUGAAAGUAACGAUAGAAUGCGAAGGCGCUUGGUCAUAGAAGACCAAAUACCUGAGUCCGAGAAGUUAUCUUAUAACAUUGAUGUUCCAUUAAAAAAGUUGGACCCAAUUGAGUCAGGAAACUAUGUGAAUCUUCAGGACUAUGAUUAUGCAAUUGCAGCAAAUGGGAUAGAUACCCUCAGUCUUUCUACUGAUAACUCUAUUCUUCUAGAUCCAGCUGAUGAAUCGUUUGAUAUUAGCGAUGAUAACCAAGAUACGUCUGCUGAAGAGGUAGAAGCUAGAUCAGCAUAUGAAGAUAAGAACAGAAAAGUGCUAAGAAGUUUGUUCAUGGGAGAUCAAAUAUUGGCACUUUGGAAUAUCAGUCAAGUUAACGGUUUAGUUCCAAUCGAAAGUUUGAUGAUUUUGGGAUCAUCUCAUUUGUACUUGAUUGAGAACUAUUUCCAUUGUCAGGAUGGUAAUGUAAUUGAUGUUCAAGACGCUCCUCCUGAAGAGCGGGACCCAAUUUUGCAUUUGGUUAAUUCUCAAUCAGAUAAUGUUUUGAGGAGUGACUCCAGAUCACACAGAAAUAAAAGCUGGAGUUUGGACAAGUUGAGUAGUAUUUCGAAAAGACAGUUUUUACUCAGAGAUAUUGCAUUGGAGAUGUUCUUCAGUGAUGGUGCCAGCAUUCUUAUAACGUGUCUAUCCCCUAGAAACAGAGAUUCUAUCUAUGGUAAAUUACAUUCAUAUGCAACUGGCAGGGGUUUGGAUAGUGAUUUGGCUCAGGCAUUGCAGUAUUCAUCUUCAACCAAAUAUAGUUCGAGUUCCUUAAUGACAAGCAAUUCAUCUUCAUUCACAUCCAGGUUGGCAUCAGCAUUUGCAUCUAGUGCUAGUUCACUCACUUCAUCCUUUGUUAGCGCAACUAGGAAAUGGAGAAUGGGAGAAAUGUCUAAUUUCUAUUAUCUCAUGAUUAUCAAUACUCUAGCCGGUAGAACAUUCAACGACUUGACGCAAUAUCCUGUAUUUCCCUGGGUUAUUGCCGAUUAUAGUAGCGAUACGCUUGACUUAUCUGAUCCACGAUCUUUUCGGGACUUAUCCAAACCAAUGGGAGCCCAGACACAUGCCAGAGCACAACAGUUCCAAGAUAGAUACGAAGCCCUCGAUAGUUUGAAUGACCAUGACGCACCAGCAUUUCAUUACGGAACCCACUAUUCAUCUGCUAUGAUCGUUACUUCAUUUCUUAUUAGGUUGAAACCGUACGUGCAAUCAUAUUUAUUGUUACAAGGAGGAAAGUUUGACCAUGCGGAUAGACUUUUCAAUUCUGUAGAAAAAGCUUGGUUGUCGGCGUCCAAAGAUAACACCACAGAUGUCAGAGAGUUAACACCUGAAUUCUACUAUUUGCCAGAAUUUUUGGUAAAUUCCAAUAAUUUUGAAUUUGGUACUUUUCAGAAUGGCGAGUCUGCUAAUGAUGUCGUGUUGCCUCCAUGGGCAAAAGGGGAUCCCAAGAUUUUCAUUGCAAAGAACAGAGAAGCUUUAGAAAGCUCUUAUGUAUCGGCGAACUUGCACUUGUGGAUUGAUUUAGUCUUUGGUUUCAAACAAAGUGGCCCUGAAGCUGUUUCAGCUUUAAACGUAUUCCAUCACCUAUCUUAUAAUGGUGCAACAAAUCUUGACAACAUAAAGGACGAGAUUGAAAAACGAGCAGUAAUAGGUAUGAUAAAUAAUUUUGGACAGACACCACUCCAGAUAUUUGAUAAACCCCACGUUCAGAAGGAUGUGUUGAAUGUGCCAAACUAUUAUCUAAAUUUGGUUGAUAAAGAGAAGGGACCCAAGCUUCUUUUCGAAUCAAAAUUGAAAAUGCCAAUUCAGAAGUUGGAGAUAAGCUUACGGAGUAACAAGAAGUGGGUUGGUCGUCCUGCCUGUGUUUCCUCAGAAGAUGAGUUGCUCAUUAGGAAGGCCAAUGACUUCAAGUAUGAGUCUGGAUCCUUGAUUAUCAACAAAACCACCUUUUUGAAUAUUCACCUGUCCAAUCUUUCAAGUUUGUUGCAGAUUGGAAACAAGCAGCUAUUGACGGGCUCUGAAGAUGGUAUUAUUAAUGCUUGGAAAUGUGAAUUACGACCAAAUAUUAGUCUUCAAUUCCAGGCAAUAUUAAGAGGUCAUCUCAGUGAAGUUAAAAGUUUGAAAUUAAGUGAUAGUUACAAGUUGGCACUCAGUUUGGAUGUUGAUGGGAUAGUUAUCUUAUGGGAUUUAGCUCGCUUCAAAUUCAUUAGAAAAUUUGUUCCAAUCGCAGACGUGACAAACACGAGGAUUAGCAUUUCGAACGACACUGGCAAUAUAGGAAUAAUGUAUUCAACAGCGACAAGCAAUACAUUGAGAAUUUUCAAUGUCAAUGGCGAAUUGAUCUUCUCCAAAGAAUUCAUUUAUGAAGAUAUUGAGAUUACCAGCUUUAAUUUCGGAAACAUAAAUCUUGCAAUUGCAGAAUCCGGAAAGACUCUGAUUAACAAUGACCACACAUUUUGGUCUAAUGAAAUGUUUGCUAUUGCUGCAGAGAAAACAAUAGAGAUCUACGAAUUGAAUCCUUUGGCAGAUCAGGGAUGGGAAGUUCGUAGAUUAGACUCCAUAGAUCUACUGGGAGAUCUAAAGGGAGACAUAACUGCUUUGGAGCUAUUGAAGUCUUCUGAAGUUGACAGCGAAGAUAACCUCUGCAGAGGAUUUUUGAAACUCAUUAUCGGUGACUCUACUGGAAAGGUAUAUGGAAUGUAA